GAUACGCUAAGCCUUUAUUAUGGUAUCAGAGUCUGUGAUUUAGCUCGUACAUGUGACUUUGGCAAAUAACGAUGAUGGUAAACCCACAAGCGACGGAUGGGCAGAGAAUUAACUCGGACAUACCAGGGAAUAAAGGUGGACGAGGGAAAGACCGAAUUGGGAGCUGUGGCGGGGAGAACUUUCAUAGGGGGCCUGGUGCACAAGCAAAUGCAAUUUGCGGCAAGAAAAUAAAGCACUGCCCGAACCCAAAUAUUUUUCUACUCUUUUGGCAGACCAGUAGAGAUCUUUCUUGGAAUUUAUGAAAAAAUUCCAAGCAGGUGAUGGGGAUGAAAAUUAGCAGGUGGUGUAACACAUGAUAAUUGGCUUCUUGACACAAGGGCUUCGUAUCAUAUGACAGGAGAUAAAAAUGUUAUGUUUGAUAUUACUCUCGUGAAGUCUAUCCCCGUUACUCUUCCCAAUGGAAAUAUUACUUUUGCCAUCCAUAUUGGGACCUCACUUUGUAGACGCUGAUUGGAGUGGGUGCACGUCGUGGCGGGGUCUAUUAUUUGUGUGGAACUGAAAAUGUGCAAGCUUCACAUGUGGUUAGUGGCAUAGACGAUUUGCAGCAUCGAAGAAUGGGUCAUCCCUCAUCUUCGGUAAUACAAUUGCUCUCUGUUAGUUAAAAUAAAGUUGGUGUUCGUAGCGAUUUUAAGAAAAGUUGUGAUAUUUGUGCUAGAGCCAAACAGACACGUGAAUUUUUUACUCCUAGUUUAAAUCAUGCCCUGCGUACUUUUAAACUUAUUCAUUGUGAUGUGUGGGAUCUGUACUGUGAACCAAGUACGUACUUGCAGUGCAUAUUAUUUCUUCACUAUUGUGGAUGAUUAUUCGUGUGCUAUUUGGGUUCAUAUGAUGACUGGAAAAAUGAAGGUUCUAGUCAUUAUGAAGCAUUUUCUUUCAAUGUUCAGUACUCAAUUUAAUACAUCUGUUAAAUUUGUGAGGGAUGACAAUGGGACAAAAUUUUCUCCGUUAAGGGAAUUUUUUCUCAAUCAAGGAAUUUUAUUUCAAGCUUCGUGUGUUGGGACUCCACAGCAAAAUGGUCACGUUGAACGAAAGCACCGCCAUAUUUCAAGGGGAGUGCAUUUUGACUGCCUGGUAUUUAAUACCGGACACCAUCCAUGAUUAAUGGUGGAAAAACUCCUUUUGAAUGUUUGUAUGGUAAGGUGCCAUCUUAUGAUCACAUCAAAACUUUUGGUUGCUUCUAUUUUCAUUAUAAAAUCAGUGGCAAGUUUGGAACACACAAUCAAAAAUGUGUUUUCUUGGUUAUUCGUAUACUCAAAGGGGAUGGAAAGUGUUACAUUUGGACUCACACAAGGAGUUUGUCUCUACAAAUGUUCGAUUCGUUGAGAAUAUUUUUCCAUGUCUUGAUUCUAAUCAUGUGGUUUCAACAAAUGUGGACAAUGAAGAAUCUCAUAUGCACAAUAGAUCCUACAUACAUGAGGAUGAUGCUCUUGAUUUUGGUCCCACUGACACCUUGGGGCAACAUAUCACUAUUUCCCAUAAUGAUGGCACAUUUGUACCCCAUGAGUACUCCAUGCAUGCGACUCAACAGGAAGAUGUGGGCACUCAAGGACCACCUCCUGCCAUGCAAACUACACAAGAAAUUUCCAAUCUUCUUGGACGGGGUUUGCGACGGAAAAUCCCAUCCAUCAAACUUCGUGAUUUCGUUCAAACACAUGUAGCACAGAUUGACCCCCAUGACUUCACUGAUCCGUCUAUAUUUUCAGGAACCUCUUUCUUAUCAAGCUGUUGUUCGUGAUCCACACUGGCGGGAGGCCAUGUGGCGUGAGAUUGAUGCUUUGGAGGCAAAUGGGACUUGGAACAUGGUUGAUCUUCCCACACACACGAAACCUAUUGAUUGUAAAUGGGUUUACAAAAUUAAACAUAAUAGCAAUGGUUCUAUUGAACAAUUUAAAGCAAGACCGGUAGUGUGUGUGAAUCACCAAGUGGAGGGUAUUGAUUAUCAUGAGACUUCUGCUCCUGUCGCUAAAAUGACGACUGUGAGAACUCUCUUAGCAGUGGCGGCGUCAAAAAAUUGGGAGCUUCAUCAAAUGGAUGUGGAUAAUGUUUUUUUUGCAUGGACAUUUGGAGGAAGAAGUCUAUAUGCAUCCACCCCCUGAUUUUUCUCUUUCUCAGACCAACCAAGUGUGUCAUGUACAACGUUCACUUUAUGGGCUCCGACAUACACCUCAGUGUUGGUUCUCUCUACUUAGUACUGCUCUCAUAAAAUACGGGUUCACUCGCUCCUAUGCCGAUUACUCGUUGUUCACUUUAACCAAAGGGAACGAUUUUAUUUGUAUACUUGUUUAUUUUGACGAUAUACUUAUUACUGGAACUAGUUCCUCUCUUAUUGUUGAGCUUAAGGCCUAUCUUGCUCGGUGUUUUCCUAUGAAGGACCUUGGUUGUCUUAAAUUUUUUUUUGGGCCUCGAAGUUGCUCGUAGCCCAAAAGGAAUAUUUUUAUGUCAAUGGAAGUAUACUUUGGAUCUCCUCGAUGAGCUCGGAUUGUCUGGUAGUAAACCUACAGAUUUCCCCAUGGAGUAGAGUCACUGUUUGGCUAUCACUCAAAGUCCUCUUUUUUCACAUCGUGAUCGCUAUAGGCGUGUCAUUGUCUCCCCAUACUGAAACUGGGAAGCCGUUCUUCGUGUCCUUCGCUAACUUAAGAGAAAUCUAGGGAAGGGUAUCCUACCCCGUGUUGAUUGUGACUUGCAUCUUCAGGGCUAUUUUAAUUCGGAUUGGGCAGCUUGUCCCGUUAGUCAUUGAUCUCUCACUGGGUAUAUUGUCCUGUUAGGUGGUUCUCCCAUUUCUUGGAAGACCAAGAAGCAACCUACGAGACAUUGUAGUCAAAGUCAUCAAAAGGAUCAAAGAAUGAAUCCCAAAGACCAAAUAAUGUGCAAAGGGACAAGAUCAAUUGAAGAUUUGGAAAAUUGUUCAUACACCCGGUCGGGUAUAUGCAAUACCCGGCCGGGUAUUGGUCGGAUUCUAGUGUCGAAAUCAAAUCCGGAGAACAAGAUAUUGUGGCUAAGUAUAUUGGAAGAAUUAGUCUCAUACCCGAUCUGGUAGACCGACAUACCCGGUCGGGUAUGUGUGAUUUCCGUAGCUUCCAGGAAACUGCUGAAGGUACCCGAUCGGGUACCCUAUAUACUCGGUCAGGUACACAACCCUGCCACCUCCAAACACCUAUAAAUGUAACCUUUUUCCUUCAAAUUCAAUUCACCAAUUCCUUUAUAUUUCUAAGCUCAGUUUAGUCAAGUACUUUCUUUAUAUUUUUACAAUGUUUAGUCUCCAAAUGAGGAGCUAAACCCUUCAUCUUGGUUUUCCUACAUCGAAGCUUAUGAUUCGUAAGUUGUGAGUUAU